CAUGGCGGCAGCGGCGCCGGCGUGAAUUCCGGCGCCGGACCGACCCAGGUGACAGAACCGCUCUAGCUUCCACCGACCGCACUGGGACCUCCUGAGGAGAAAUUCCUUAUGUGCUAAAGAGGCUGUUUUUCUGUCUUCCUGCCCCCAAAGGAAGAACACUGAAGAAGAGUAAGACUAUGGGGAAGACAAUAAAUAAAGAUUCAAAGAAUAUUAAGAAGGAAAAGCAAGGAAAAAAUCACUCAAACACUUUUCCCCUGCAGACAGAACAUUUUAACUGGGACUGUUACUUGAGAGAGACUGGAUCUUUAGCUGCUCCAUCACAGUGUUUCAGACAGUCCAAGAUUCCACCUACUAAUGACUUUAAAAUUGGAAUGAAAUUGGAAGCACGUGACCCACGAAAUGUCACCUCUGUGUGUAUUGCCACAGUUAUUGGAAUUACUGGUGCCAGAUUACGAUUGCGACUGGAUGGUAGUGACAAUAAAAAUGACUUUUGGAGACUUGUAGAUUCCUCAGACAUACAGCCUAUUGGAACUUGUGAAAAGAAAGGGGGCAUGCUUCAACCUCCUCUGGGAUUUCAAAUGAAUGCAUCAUCUUGGCCAAUGUUCCUCUUAAGAACAUUAAAUGGAGCUGAAAUGGCACCAGCAACAUUCUUUAAGAAGGAACCUCCAAAACCAGCCCCAAAUCUUUUAAAAAUUGGAAUGAAACUUGAAGCAAUAGACAAAAAGAACCCUUAUUUGAUCUGCCCAGCGACUGUUGGAGAUGUUAAAGGAGAUGAAGUUUUUAUUACAUUUGAUGGCUGGAGAGGAGCAUUUGAUUAUUGGUGCAAGUAUGAUUCUCGAGAUAUCUUCCCAGUUGGGUGGUGUGGCUUAACAGGAGAUGCACUGCAACCACCAGGAAAUAAUGUUUCCAUUACAAAGAGUAGUGCAAAAACACAAUCUUCCCCUUCCAAAGUGACCCGGCGUUCAAUGCAGUCUCCACAGAAAACUGCUCCAAUACCAGCACAGCGGGGCAAGAAACCAGGUCGGGCUAAACCACCUGGACAGACUUCAGUCCCCAAGAAGGGCAGGUCUCCUAAAAAUGUUUCCCUGACAAAAAACAUCUCUCUCACUGAAAAUCUCAAAACAAGAAAAAAAGGCCUAAAACCAGGAAGAAAGAAAAAAAUUCAUGCAGCACCAUGUUCUCCUGCAUCCACAGCUCACAUCAAUUUGCCCAGCUUAAAUAAUAGCAAGCCAGUUAUUCUUAAAGAUGGAAUUGGCAUUUCUGGGACAACUGCUACAGUUAUAUCCACAGUUUGUGUCUAUGUGAACAAACAUGGAAAUUCUGGACCUCACCUGGAUAAGAAAAAAGUACAGCUCCUUCCUGAUCACUUUGGACCAGGACCUGUUAAUGUGGUACUUCGUCAGGCUGUUCAGGCUUGUGUAGAUUGUGCCCACCAAGUUAAAAUGGUUUUUGGAUUCCUUAAAUCAGGACAUCAUGGAGGAGAAAUGAUAACUGCAUCCUUUGAUGGGGAAAAACAUGCCACCAACCUUCCUUCUGUGAACAGUGCAUCAUUUGUCCUUCGUUUUCUGGAGAAACUCUGCCACAGUCUACAGUGUGAUAACCUUUUUAGUAGCCAGCCUUUCAGCCCUUAUAUGGGAACUACCCAUAGCCCGACAGAAUAUGAUAGAAAUAAACCAGCAAAAGAAGAAAUAUUAGAAAAUAGAAGUACUAAAAGAUAUUCUCAGGAUUCUCCACCUUAUACUGCCCCUCUUUCCCCUAAACUUCCUAGAACAGAAGUGCAUGCAUCUGAAGCAGAAAUAUUGCCAACUGAAGAAAAUGGCAUGCCCAAAGACCACAGAUUUUCUGAAGAAUCAAUGGAUUCAUCAUUGAAUUCAGGAAAUCCUUCAAGCCCUGCCCGUAGAAAUCCCACAAACUGUCGUACCUCAGCAAAUACUACAUUUUAUAGAAAUUCUCUUCAGUCAGUAACUACUACCUCAAACUCGGUGCCAGUCUUACACAAACUGUCAUUGAAUCCUGCUGGGAACAAUUAUUAUGAAAGCAACAGGAGCCGAAUGCAAAGGAGAAUCGAAGCUGCAAGUUCGACAACUGGACCAGAUCUCAGUGCACUAAAACGGGAAUCUUCAAGAGGACUCAAUAAAGAUCCCUCAAAUUGGUCUAUAGAUGAAGUAAUGCGAUUUGUGAAAGAAGCUGAUCCUCAGGCAUUAGCACCACAUGCAGAGCUUUUCAGGAGACAUGAAAUUGAUGGAAAAGCACUGCUGUUAUUGAGGAGUGAUAUGAUAAUGAGAUAUAUGGGACUAAAGUUGGGACCAGCAUUAAAGCUCUGCUACCACAUUGAAAGACUCAAACAAGGAAAGUAUUAG